UCCGAGUUUGCUAAAAUACACAAGACAGAAAGACACAGAGAGACACAGGCACACAUGGCCAUCUCAUCGUCCUCGGCGUCACCGAAGGGCGUGGUGGUGACAGUCCCAGUUCUAGUACUCGCGGCCUCGGUGGCCGCCGUGUUCUUAUUCUUCCUCUUGUCGUCUCUCUCCUCCUGUUCAUGCCCCGGUACCGAUGUCGGCGUCGGUGUCCCCGUGUCCGGUGGUGGUGGUGUUUCCGUGUCGACGAGAAAAGAGGAUGUGGAGUGGGUAAAGGAGCAGAUCCGAGUGAAUGGCCUCCACAUGCAAGAUAAUGUCCUCCGUAAGGGCAUUAACCCUCGCACCCGAGCCCAGCAGCUCCAGGAUCUCUCAGAGUUCAAAGGCAUAUCACAUUAUGAAGGACCUGAAGCAAACAACCACACUGCUCUCCCUUGUCCUGGAGGGCUUCUUGUUGAAGAGCACCACAGCAACUAUGGAGAGCCCUGGGCAGGCGGGCGAGAUGUGUUUGAAUUCCUCGCUGUAUCCGCCCAUCUCACGCCUGAUUCACAUGUCCUCGAGGUUGGCUGUGGCACCCUUAGAGUUGGCUUGCAUUUCAUUCGCUAUCUCAAUCCUGGGCAUUACAAUUGUCUUGAAAGGGAUGAGCUCUCUCUGAUGGCUGCAUUUAGAUAUGAGCUUCCUUCCCAAGGGCUCCUAUACAAGCGCCCUUUGAUUGUGAGAGGCGAGGAUAUGGAUUUCACUAGGUUUGGUUCAGGAAUUGUGUAUGAUUUGAUAUAUGCUAGUGCUGUCUUUCUUCAUAUGCCUGAUAAGCUUGUGUGGACGGGCCUUGAGAGGUUAGCAAGUAAAUUGAAACCUUAUGAUGGGCGAAUCUUUGUGUCACAUAACAUAAAGUUCUGUUCCCGUUUGGGUGGAGAGGAGUGUACGAAGCGGCUCACAAGUUUGGGGCUUGAGUAUGGUGGAAAGCAUACACAUGAUAGCUUGCUUUUCAAUCACUAUGAGAUCUGGUUUGAGUUUAAACGGUCGAAAGCUUAGGACUUUGUGGAUUUUUUAAUUUAUCCUCGGAUUUAGUUUUUCAUAGUUCGGAAGCAGGUAUCGAAGCUACAGGUGGCCUGUAACUACUGCAACCAGAAAGCUAGAGUCUUCAACUUCCUGUCGAUAAAUGCAUAUGGAAGGGUGAGGGAUAACAAAUUGAUGGAUCAAUAGCUUGAGCGCAAAGUUGAACCUGUGUUGUAUUGUUGAGUACAAAGUAUUCAUUGGAAGCUGUAAAUUAGGUGUAUGGAAUUGUCAUGUCAUGAAAUGGCUACAAGAGAUGUGUUAACAUAUUCUUUUUCUUUUA